GAGUGGUAGUGGUGAGUGUUUGUGGGUGAGUGAGUGUAGGCAGGCCUGCCAGGGCGGUGAGGGCCGGGGUGUGCUCCGGCUGGCCGGGGUCUUCGCUCUGUCGCUCGCCUCCCUGCUCGGCCUCCUGGGCCUGGCGCUCGGCCCUCGCCUGGAGGAGGCCCGCAGACUCGGGGAGGCCCUCACGCAGAUACAGCCAGGCGACAACCAGGGCUGCGGCCUCGGCAGCCUGCACGCUCGCCUGGCCCAGCUGCAGAGCGAGAGGAGGGCCCACCUCAUGCGCCUCCAGCAACCACAACGUGCUGCCCGUGCCGAGCCCGCGGCGGGCCCAAGCCCUCGGGGAGCUCGGGGGAACGUCUUGGAGUCCGUGUCAUCUCGUCCCGGCAAGCUCGGCGAUGGCGACGAGAACCACGGCGGUGUUGGCGUGGCGCUCGCAGGCAGUUGGGAAAACCCGGCGGUGAAUCUCAAAAGGGAGGAAGUUGAAUUUUGGCCCUCGCAAACGCAGACCGAAAUCGGUGGUGCGAAGGAGGAUGCAAGCUGGGAGUUUUCUUGGGAUCCCGCGUCCACCAGGGCGGCACCUGCACGAUCGCGUGACUUGAAUCUGCAGCGGCGUGACCCAUCGGCGGGAGGAGAGCUGCUCGGUGACAUCCCCGCGGAGAGUAGGAGUCCGACGGGUGACACAAUCGAGAACGGAGCGAAGGGCGGCGGGGGAAUCUCACGUCCAACGGCCGCGCGCAAAUUAAUCACUAGCAUCUUCGGAGCCAUGUUCGAGGAUUGCGGCUCGGGGGAAGGCGCGGCGGAGAACGGCGCCGACGUCGGGGUCAGCCGCUCGUCGUUUCGGGCGAACUCCAGCGGCGGCGACGUCCUGCGGGAGUACUCGCUGGCGGCGGACCGGGCCAUCGACUGGGCGGCGAGCGUGCGGGCGCUCCACCGCAACCAGCACCUGCGCGACGCGCUCGCCUACCGCGCCCUGCUCGCGCUGCGGGAGCUCGCGUUUCGCCGGGCCCUGGCCGAGGCGCUGUCUCUGCCGGCCCCGGGGGCGGCCGCCACCGCCGCCACGGGGUCCGACUACUUUCACGUGGCGUGGUCGGUCUCGCCGCACUUCGCCCGCUGCGCCGAGGUGUGUUACGCGGGAGGCCGCGACUCGACCGCGGGUGUGGCGCGGGAGCGCCGCGAGCGCUCCCGCGACUGCCGGAGCGCCGGGCCGCGCGGAGAGGCCAUCCUGCCGGCCAUCUUGAGCGGCCGCGACUGCAGCUGCUCGCCGGACGGGGAGGAGCGCCCGGCCGGCCGAGCGGAGCCGGCCCUGCUGCCCGUGGCGGCGCUGGAGCGCUGCCUCGUGCGGCGUGCGGCCGCCUCUCUCGGGGAGAUGCGGCGCGAUGUCCUGUCAGGCCUCAGCCUGAGCGCUUUGCGGAUCCGCCGGCGCGUCUCUUUUCGCCGCGGCGAUAACCCCGUGACGCGGUCUGCGUCUCCCUCGCCCCAGCUGCUGGUGCUGGCGCUGGCGUCAUGCGCGGCGCACGCGCUCGCGCUCUCCUCGUUCGCGCGCGUUACCGCGUGGCUGUGCGCGCAAGCACGCCGCCUUGCGGGCCGCACGCGCCGGCUGCGCGCCGAGCGAGCGCGCGCCGAGGAGCUCCUGCACGAGAUGCUGCCCCGCGCCGUCGCCGCCCAGCUGCGCACCAGCCACCACGUGCAGGCAGAGAGCUUCGACAAGGCGGCUCCACCUCUGGCCACGCCCUCUUUCCAGAACCUUCUAGACCCUUCGGGAUGGUUCCCAGAGCUUCCCGACUGA